AUGGAGAUUGAGGAUGAGGUUAACUUUGCGAUUGGUAGGAUAAGAAAAGGAAAUCAGAUUAGGACUAGAAGGGCAAGCUUGGUUUCUCUACCAGAGAUUUGCACAUCUCAACAUCAGCGUCGCCCUUUCAGAGCUCAGGGCUGCUUAGCAGUUCAAUUGACAGGAAGAAGCAUGGUUUUGGAUUCGUAUGUGACUAUGUCAUUAGUUUUUGAAGUUGAUUCAGCUGCUCAACAGUUCAAUGGCUAUUGUAUUUAUAUUCAUUUCCAGAUGAGAAAUCAGGAGGGUAUUGCUGCUCUUAACCUCUAUGUAAGGGACGACUAUGUCCGUGCAGCUCCUGGUGGAGCUAGAGGUGUCAAAAGCAUCACAAAUUAUUCUCCGGUUAACAGUGUGAGGCUACCAUACCACAUAGGAGAUAAACGACAGCUUGCUCUGAAAGUUUAG